UCACACUAAAAACUUGUUGCGAAAUUAAAAGGCGCAAAAUUAAGCGGCAAUUCAGAAACUCGAAAUUUAAACAAUGACAUCGUCUCGGAAUUUUGUCAGUCCACAGAAUAAAUAUGAUCGGGUUAUUCUGCUGGUCGAUAUGGAUUGCUUCUUCUGCCAGGUGGAGGAGAAGGAACAACCGAUCUAUCGAAACAAACCCCUGGCAGUGGUCCAAUUUAGCAACUGGAGCAAAAACGGCGGCAUAAUUGCCGUAAACUAUGCGGCCAGGGCCAAGGGUAUAACCCGGCAUAUGCGUGCCGAUGAGGCCAAGGAUCUGCUACCGGAAAUUGUAUUGGUCAAAGUGCCCAAUAUAAGGGACAAGGCGGAUACCACCAAAUAUCGCGAUGCUGGCAAGGAAGUGGCCAAUGUCCUGCAAAAGUUUACAAAGCAGCUGGAACGUGCCUCGGUGGAUGAAGCCUAUUUGGAUAUUACAGAGACGGUUAAUCAACGUCAGAAGGAGCUACAAACUGGUGCUUUUACACUGCAACCGCAGGAGCUGGUCAACACUUUUGCCGUGGGCUAUGACAAUAUGGGCGAAUAUGUCAAUAAAAUAACCAAAAGAUUCUCUAAUCCCUAUAUGGAUGAUGAACGCUUUCAGUUGGUGUACGAUCAGAACGAUUUACCCUCUGUGAGGCAGAGUGAUAUACGUCUCCUGAUUGGAGCCUGUAUAGCCGGUGAGGUUCGAGCCGCUGUAAAGAAGGAAACGGGCUAUGAGUGCUCCGCGGGUGUAGCACACAAUAAGAUAUUGGCCAAACUUGCCGCUGGCCUAAAUAAACCCAAUAAACAGACCAUACUACCGCUGGACGAGAUUCCUGGUCUAUUUGAGACAUUGCCCGUGGGCAAGAUAAAGGGUUUAGGUGGCAAAUUUGGUGAAAUCGUUUGCGAAACAUUGAGCAUUAAAUUUCUUGGUGAACUUUUGAAAUUUUCCGAAGGUGAACUACAAAGGAAAUUCGAUGAAAAGAAUGGCACUUGGUUGGCCAACAUAUGCCGUGGCAUUGAUUUGGAGUGUGUCACACCACGAUUCUACUCAAAGAGCAUUGGUUGUUGCAAGAAAUUUCCCGGACGGAAUAACAUUACCGGUCUGAAGACACUCCAACACUGGCUGAGUGAACUGGCCACCGAGAUUACGGAACGCUUGGAAAAGGAUGCCAUUGAGAAUAAUCGACGGGCUAAGCAAAUGGUUGUGCAAUACGUACAGGAUCUUGAUGGCGAAGAGGUGGCCAGUUCACGGUCGAAUGCCCUGCCCAAUCACUAUGAUAAGGAGACAUUGGCAAAUAUAUCACUCGAUUUGAUCAAAGCCAAUACCAAGACAUUUCUACGUGCCGGCAGCGAUGCAGCUCUAAAUAAUUCCAUUAAAUUUCUUGGCAUAAGUGUCGGAAAAUUUGAGACAAUUACAAAUAAUCAAAAUAAAUUACAAGAAAUGUUUGCCAAUCAAAUGGCUAAAAAGCGACGUAUUAGCUCAGAGGAGGAGCAAAAGCAGGCCCAGCCCAAAGAGAAGGAGAUGGAGAAAGAGAAAGAUGCGAAUGUGAAACCGAAAGAAACAGAAGAAGCAAAAAUGAAGAGUUUCUUUGCCAAUUAUUUGCAAAAGCCAAAAGCGGAUGACCAGAAGGUGGCAAUGGAUGUGAAGCCAAAAGCCCCAGUGGAUGAACCGACGGACACGGUGGGGAUAGUGGAGAAGACAAGCUUCAUUGAGGGUUACAAACAGAAAUUGAAAGCCCUUAAUGCAGUUAAGGAGGGUGCAGCAGCAGAUUCCUCAAUGCCAUCAUUGACAUCAACGCCUCCAGAGAUGAAGGAAAGUUUCUUUGCCUCGUUUCUGAAGCAACAGAAGGAAGACACGUCUAAAGAGAAGUCAUCAAAGAUGGAUGAUUCAACGGAAAUGCAAGGUUUGGCUGAUGAGCUUGAUGCAAUUGAGGCCAGCAGCCAACCAGAGCCACCGUUAACCGAAGAGGAGCUACAGCCAUCCUCAUCCACAUCGACGAAACGGAAAUUUGAGCAACUGGAGACGUGUAACAACUAUAAGGAAAGCUAUGCUGAAUAUGCGACACCCGAAUUGCGUACAGAUCUCGUUAUACCUCUGAUUAAAUGUGACGAUUGUGGAGCGCAAUUGCCCAAUGAUCCGAAGACACUGCAAUCCCAUCGAGAUCAUCAUUUUGCCCAAGAAUUGAGUCGUCAAUUGAGAGCCGAACAGCGUGAGGAGAGGGAAAAGAAUCGGCCCAAGGCCAAGCAGUCGCCAACAGCUCCUACUCCACAGUCCAAACAAAAGGCCAAAAAAAGCACAGCAACAGCAGUCGUCAAUGGAAAUGCUUCGAUAACCAAGUUCCUGGCGCCAGCUAAUGCUGCAGUUGCUCCUCCACCUCCACCUGCCAACAGUGAGUUUCCCAUGCAGCAAUGUGACGAAUGUAAAACAUAUAUCAAAUGUGUGGAUAUGCCAGAACAUUUGGACUAUCAUAUGGCCAAGAAGUUGCAGCGUGAACUCAAUCAACAAGAUAUGCAAGCCAAUCGGCCAACUCCCUCGCCAGGAGCAGUCAAGAAACAGUCGUCAAAUAAACUAAACGCCACCCUGCCAAGUGCCAGUGCCUCUUCAAAGGGGAAUCGAACCAUAGCCCAGUUCUUUAGUCAGAUUAAUUAAGCUAAGCCAGGCCUUAAAUGAUGCUACAAUUAAAGUAUUAACAGUUUUUUUUUCUAUUGCCUAGUUUUAGGAUGAAUGUUUAAUAAAAUACAUUAAUUUUGAGUUGGUA